AUGCCCAGGGUCCUCAGCCAUACCCCCGCGUGGCUCUCACGUGGCGCCCCGGGCUUCGAUGUUUUCGAUCACACGUCCUCAAAGUCUAAAUCUCCGCGCAAGCUCACCAACGGUGCGAACAAACUGCAGAAGCCCGGACCCAAGCGGACCAUCGCGCAUCGCGGCAAUGAAAUAUUCGUGGUGGUAGGCGGUGAGAUACGCUGGGCGAAUCUGCUGCAUCUGCGGGAGCGCGGCCUGCCCAAGGACAGACGCGACUUCGGCCGCAGCUGGAGGAGCGCUCGUGGCGACCGCGAGACGUCUGUAGACAUGGACGAGGGCCAAGCCUACAGGAUCCUCAAAUCGAAUGUUGCUGGAGCAAUCACCGAGCUCUCUAUUUCGCCCAAUGAGGAUUACAUGGCCAUCUGCACGUCGCACACCGUUCACAUCGCCCUGCUCCCCGACUCAGCCCACCUUUCCGCCGAAGAUACUGGUCCGAUCAAACUCAAGACUUUCCAACUCGGACCCACGGCCCAUGUUCUGGAUCAGGCUCCCUUGGCCUCCGCGCUAUGGCACCCACUCGGAAGGCAUGGUCGUUGCUUGGUGACCGUGACUGCCGACGCAAACGUGCGCCUUUGGGAGUUUAGUCGGGAGAACCGCGUCUCUUUCAGCGAGCCUGAGCUGGCAAUUGACCUCAAGAAGCUGGCCAGUGGCGUGGAUUCGAUGGAGGAUUUCAGGGCUUCCAGAAUCGGCGACAAGACUGGAUUCACUCCCGACUCCUUCGAGAUGGCUGUCGCUGCCGCUAGCUUUGGCACCAGCGGAAAGAAGGCAGAGCGUGGAUGGGGGCCCUUGACACUUUGGAUCGCCAUGAAGAACGGAGACAUCUAUGCGCUCUGCCCGCUUCUCCCUAGGAAGUGGCAAUACACAACGCAGCACGCCGCUCCGCAGUACUUGCGUAGCUUGGCUUUACCUAUUCAAUCCCGUGUUGAGACAUUGGGAACUUCCGAAGACGAGGAGUUCGAGCAGCAGACUCUCGACCAACAGGCGGAGUGGUUUGAGGGCAUCAGGUAUGAGCUUGAGGAUGACCCCAAGUCUGAUGAAGUUGUUGAGGUCUAUUCUCGUCCUGCCGCUCCCGGACCCAUUCCCAGGCUGCAAGGUCCUUUCAUUCCUGAUCCAGACCUCGAUAUCGAUCAUGAGCUCACGGAUAUCAUCGUCAUUACCUCCGGAGAAGGCGAUUCGGAUGAGCCAGAGCAAGUUGAUACCGCUGGCGACAUGGAGGACCCGAAUGUCACCGUCAUUGGCGUCGUCACUAGCCAAGGGAAGAUGCACAUUUUCGUUGACUUUGACGGGGUAGAGGGGCAGUGGCUUCCAAGAGAAAAGGCCACUACUAUAAUCCCGAAUUACGACUGCCCGCCUCUGGUCUACUUCGAGACGAUCGAAUUUCAGACGUCAGAAGAUGGAGAGCCUUCCUGCAACCCAAUCAUCACUGGGGACGCUAAAGGUGGCUCAUCCGUGUUUGUCUCAACCGAGACGGGCGUCUAUUAUGUGAGCCUGACAGCUUGGUUCCGACCUUUGCAGGAUGAGCUCAGCAACCCCGCAUCAGAAGGUGCGGGUAUGAGGAUUGACGCAAUCAUGAGGGGAUCUGGAAGCCUUCUCGAGAGCAUCAUCCAGUACCGUCAGGAUCAGCACGGCGAUCUGUUGCAGUCCACAUCAGCCUGCAUCGCGAUCUCCAACUCGGAGCUGGGGUACUUUCUGCUCACGUCUGAAGGGUCUCAGCCGCAUUCCGUGGUCCUCGACUCGCCCGACUCGGACUACUACGGGGACGGCUACGGGCUGAUUCCAUACGGUGGCGACUACGAGGCAGAGCGGCUUAACAUCCCGGAGCCGUGGCCGGCCUAUCAGCCUCCGCAGUCGCUGUUCGACUACCAAUCACAGCUACCAAAAAUGCUCGACGCCGUCCCUGAACGCCACAAGUUCAUGCUCAAGCAAGAAAUCCGCCUUUCGACUGCUACGCUAGACAUUCUGACCAAGGCUCACCGCGUGCUUGUCAAGGAGACUCAGCAGCUAGGCCAGGCCGCGUCCAGCCUGUACACGCGUUGCCAGCGCCUCCAGGACGAGCUAAGAGAUCAGAUCCGCAAGGCCAACGAUGUCGCGAAUCAAAUCGAAGACGUCACGGGCGAGGAUGACGAGGUACCGGAAGGCGAAGACAGAGAGACGGGCAGCGCCAAGCUCGACGGCAGGAUCGAAAAGGUCCAGGCAAAGCAGAAGGAGCUGAUGGAACGGACGGAGCGGCUCCGCAACAAGCUGAACAAGGCGGGCACCAGGGAGCUCAGCGACAAGGAGAGGGCUUGGUUCGUCGAGGUGGACAAGAUGAAGCAGGCCAUCAACGCCAACGCGGCGGCGCGCAACGGGGCGGACGAGGGCGAAGCGGAGCCGACGCCGGUGAGGCGCUUGCAGCAGGUCAAGGAGCUCAAGGACGAUCUGCUCCAGCAGGCAAGCGAGCUGCAAGACACGGUGGCGGAAGAAGCGCCCAGCACGGGGGUCCAGGUGCCCAGCGAGUUCCGCAAGGCCAAGGUGAAGCAGAUUAUGGAACUGCUGGAACGCGAGACUGCGAUGGUGGAGGCGGCUACGAAGAAGCUGAGGAAGCUGACUGUGGGUGCGACGGGAUACUGA